GAAGAGCUUUUGAGGAAAAUACUGGAGGAUUUCCUUACCUCAGAGAGCUGAUAUGGUGCUCCUCGGCUCGGAGGGCUCUGUGGUGCUGAUGUGCUUGUUCUUCACCCUCGUUGGAGUGGACAGUAUUUCAGGCAAUUUACCUCCACCAGAAAACUUCAGCCUGUCAUGGCACCCAAGAAGUUUGUCUGUGAGUGUAAACUGGAGGGAACCAGCUGGCUUGGAUGCAAAAUGUAAAGUGAACUAUACUUUAGCAAUAUAUUAUGAGCAGAAAUGUCCUCCCAGACAAAAUGCUUCAGAUAAAUUGCGAACAGAGAAUUUGAUCUGUGAAUAUCCAAUUUCUAAAGAGUGUGAAAUAUGCGUGGGCAUAACAACAAACCCUAUGGUCUGUAAAGAAAAAAAAGCCAGCGAAGAAAUAUACAAAGAGCUAUCUCCACCUCUAGCCUUAGUGAAGAAUUUUAGUUGUGCUUAUUAUGCCAAUAAAAAGAUGAACUGCACAUGGACUAUAGUCAGAUAUACCCCUGACCUUCAGCUCUUUUACAGGCAAGGGGGAAACACCCUAAAGCACUGUAAGUCAUAUCUAACGUCUGGAAUCCUGAAGACAGGUUGCCAUCUGGAUGACAAAGACCUUAUGCCUCUUGAAAGUGUUUACUUUGUAAUCAGUGGAACUGGAGAAAAUCACCUGAUUUCCAACAAGUUUAUAAUAGACAUACGUGCCUCAGCAGUGAAACCGCCUAAGCCCAAGGUCUACAUCACACAGGAAGGUGAACGUCUCCAUUUUCAAGCAAGCACUCCAAAUUUCCUAGCACCACAAUGUUUGAAAUACAAGUAUAUAUACAACAAAUGCAAUGAAAAGAAUGAAGUGUUCAUAGAAAGCAGCUCCGCACGUGUGGAAUACGACCCAGCCUGCAAGUACACUGUUCGAGGGCAGGUCGUAUACACUACCUACUGUGGUGGGAGCCAGAACAUUGAGAGUGAGAUGAGCGAACCUGAGUAUUAUGGUGAGGAUGGUGACCCAAAUUUGGCAUUUAAAGUGGCUAUGAUCGUCACCCCUUUAAUAGUGUGCUGCUGUCUCAUUGCAGCUAUAGUGCUGUUUAGGAGAAACAAGGAUAUCAUUCUCCCAAAGAUUCCUGAACCAUCCCUGUUUUUCAAGGAUAUGCUUAACAGUACUUCUGAUGGACUUUCAAAGAGCCUAGGUGGAGGAAAACUCUAUGUGCCCGUUAAAGAGGUUGUGGCAAGUGGCGUGAGCCUGGAACCAAAAUCUAACCUUUUACACCCAAACUAUGAUUCCUGCAUCUAAAUUACAUAAUGCUGUACUCUGAAAAUGGCUAGUAGUGGACUGACAGUGACAACGUCUGAUCUGAUUUCUAGCAGCUUAGUCUUGAAUCUUUGCACAACACUGUUGCGUUUUUAAGACUACUUCAUUAAAGGACUGUCUUGCAUUCAUAAUUGUAUUGGAUAGAUUGUCAGUCCCUCCAGGAUUUUGCAAUUUUGCGAUCGCAGAAAUGAACGCAAAAUCAAGGAACCUAGGAGCUUGCAAUUUUUCUAAAUGACUGCUGAUUUUCCACAGAUUUGGGCCAAGAUGCAUCAUGUCAUGUCAUCACAAGGCGCCAUGUGAUGUCAUCAUAAUGUGCACUCAGCCAAAGCCCUCUAACAACUAAAAGGUCUGACAACUAAAAGGUCUCGUUUACCAACAAACAUCACUGCAAAAGACUGCGCAAAACAAUUUUGUGCAAUUGUAAUUUCACAAAUUCUACUAGUUUUCCUAGAAAAAGCCCAAAAAUGUUUUGAAAAAAGCCGCAGCAAAAUCAAGCAUUUUUGGCCGCAAUGGUCAUAAAAAAAAUUUAAAAAACAGCGAAGUCCUGUAUUGGCUGGAUUGUGAUUUACUAAGUAGCCCUCUUAGUUAAUGAAUGAGGAAGUCAUGGUGACAACAAGCUCAGCAAUGACAGGCAGUGGGUUCUGAAAAAGUCGUGAAAAUAUUCAGUAAAGAAAGAGACUGAUGACGUGCCUGUAAACAGCAUUACUCAGGAGUAUAGGAGUAUUGUAUUUCUCCACUUGUAUAAUAAUGGAAAUGGAAACGGGUAACUUUGUAAAUAAAUGGACACUGAACAUAGACACAUAGCCAUCUUCUAUCAUCUGUAUCUCAUCUGUACAUAAGUGGCAAUUUCAAUCUAAUAUUAUAUGGAUGUAUAGUGUUCAUAGGAAUAUCUGUAAAUAUUGACAUACAGAAUGGUUUUCUAGAUAGUUCCCUCUGUAAAUAAAAAGAAUAUGGUUAACAAUU